UGGAAUUUUUUCCGGUGUAAAUAAAUAUAAAAAAAAAAUUCAAUUAUUUAUUUUUUUUUUUUGCCAUUUAUUUUCAAUUAGAACGCACACAAAGUAAAAUUACCAAGUAAAAUUUUAAUUACAAUUAAAAAAGAUUUUUUUGAAAUUAGUAAAAUAAGAAUAAGUGUGUGAAAGUUUGUGUAUAUUAAAAAAUACUAAAAUUAUAAUUACAAUUUAAUUAGUAAUUAAAUAACAAUAUAUAAAAAGUUUUUGCUUGAACGAAAUUUAAUUUUUAAAAUUAAUUAACAAUAAACUGCAAAAGGAGGAAGAGAAGAAAAUAUAUACGAUUAAUUUCUCUUCCCGAUAAAAAGUUUUUCAGAAAUAUCUUAAUCAAUCUUGACUUGGAAAUAAAAAUUAUAUUAUGGGUUCAACUUAACUAAAAUAACCAGACAUUGAAAAUUUUUCAAUCGAAGGAACCUGUAAUAUAACUAAUGCCAUCAAGCAAAAAAAAAAUUUCUUUUUCAAGAAAUUUAGUUCAUUUUCAAUAUCCUACAUAAGUACAUCAACACAGAUAUUGGAUUAAGGAAUUUAAUUGAAGGUGUUAAACUUAAGAUGAUUUAUUAAAACUGUUUUUCAGUUUUAUUUCAACUUUAAAAAUCCUUUAAUAAUAUAGUUUUUCCUCGAUAUGCAUGAACUGCGACGAUCAUUUAAGCGAACUAAAUCACUUUCAGAGGAUAGUGGCAUUAGUUUUCAAAUAUCUAAUCCUGUUGUGACAUCCAGUGGUGAUGAUCUCGAUACAACAAAAACAAAUAAUGAAUACUCAUUACGUUCUGAUUCUGGAUUUCGUGCACCACUUUUAAAACUAAAUAAUCAAACUGCCAAUAAUAGUGGUUCAAGUAGCAGUACAAUAGCCGGUAGUAGUAUAUCCAAUAAUAUUACAAAUAAUCGAGAUACUUUAAAUUAUUGUGAAGUGUACUAUUUGUCGCCAUCAAAACGAAAAAGUAAAGAAAAUUUACAUUAUUCUUCAUCGAACGAACAACAAAAAUCACGUGCUGCAUAUCAGAAAUUUUCAAAUGAAAAUAAUUUUGCAACAGUUCAAAAGUCGCACACAUCAAAUUUAACUCAAAAAUCAUCAUUACAAGAUUCAAUAGCUAGCACACCAUGGACAACGAAUAGUUCAGUUUCCAAUAAAAAUAGAAAUAAUGGUUCUAAUAACAAUCGCAAUACCACAACUACAAGAAAUAAUAAUAGAAAUAAUAGAGGUUUAAAAUGUCGUGCUUUAGAAGUAUUCAAUUCAAGUAAUGCUGCAGAUAAUUCAAUGAAUUUGCCUUCAUUUGGAUAUGCUGGUUUAAGAGCAUUACCUGGAACUUCUCUUUCAAAUCAAAUCGAUCAAACUUUAGAUAAUUUUGAUAUAUGCAGUCAUUAUUCUGAUUCUGUAGCUGUUAUAACAAAAAAUCAACCACCAGGAGCAAUGCAGUUUGUAAAGAAUAGUUCAAUUAGUGGAAAUAAUAGCAGUAAUACUGGUGGAUCACGUUCAAAUAAUGUGACAUUUUCAAAUUGUACAGAAGAGCAUUACUUGCAUAGACAUCGAUCGCCAAGUUUUUCAAAUCAUACACAACAACAUGAAAUGAAUAGUUCCAAUCAUGGAAGUUUUACAAGAGCUACAUCAUCUUCAUCAAAUUCAAAUCGUGGCUCUUUAAGACGUAGCAAAGGACGUAGCAAUCAAUCAUUAUGUAGUUGUGAUGCAGGUGAUUCAACUGAAAUUGUACCAGAUCCUAAUAGACCACUAUUUCAAUACAGUUUAGAUAGAAAAAAGAAAAAGCAUACUUAUACAUGUGAACAAAACGCACAAAUCCUUAUAAGACUGGAACGUGAGAAAAAUUUAAGAAAUAACAGUUGUGGAAAUUUAGCAACAGCAAUUACCGUUGGAAAAUCAUCAUCUAGAAAAUCUCUUGAUAAACAGUUGGCGAAUGAAGGAAAUAUGCCGCAGAAUAGCUCCUGUGAUGAAACAUCAUUUGAUUAUCCAGAUUUGAAUAAUAGUAUUGAGAGUGAUUCGGCAACUGAUGUUGAUAUACCACCUCCACCACCUCCCCCUUCUGGUCGAAAAUUGUCAUUUAAACAGCUUCAAGAUAACUUUAUUGAUAGUUUUGCUGCACAAACAACUACAGCUCCAACAACAUCAAUGUUAACGAAAAAACAACCAUUUCAAUCUCAACUACAAAAUUCAAAUCAUCAACAUCAUCAUCAUGCAACAACAAAUACUGUUUCUUUUAAUAUUAGUGGUAGCACAAAUAAUAGUAAUAAUAAUAAUAACAAUAAUAAUGACAACAAUAAUAGUAAUAACAAUACAAAUAAUAAUAAUAGUAGUGGUAACAAUAACAAUAAUAAUAACAGUAACAGUAGCAAUUGUUUUAAAUCGACCACUAAUACAAUAGCUAGCAAUUUAGGUUGUAAUAUAGGUGAACAAAUGCUAAAUGAUUGUACUUCAACGAUAUUAAAUUGCGCUAAUGUUGGACAACUUAUGGUUGCAUCAGCAAUUGCAUCAACAUCAUCAUCUCAAUCAGCAGCACAAGGAACAACUGCAACAAAUGCUCAAUGUAAUAACUCAAAUAAACCAGAUUUAUGUCAAAUGGGUAAUAAUAGUGGUAAAUUAAAUAUAUUAAAUACAGCAGAUAAACGAAGGCUUGGAAUUUUAGAACAACAAAAACAUCAACAACAUAAUUUACAUAAUCAACAGAAACAACAUAUGUUAUUAUCGGAUAACAAUGGCAAUAUGAAACGUUCGAAUGCUGAAAAUAUUCCGUUAACACCAUAUCCUUUUAUACGUGACGAUUCAUACUUACCGUGUUUUAAAAGUAGUAAUAGUAUUAAAAACCCGAUCGGUAUAAAUGCUGAAGAGUCGGUUUUCUUUUAUCAUCAAGAACCGCCUCAAUACAAACCGAAUUUCGAUAAUCGACCAUCAAUACAAAAUAAUUUCGGUGUUGGAACUAACGGUAAAUAUAAUACUAUUGGACCAAGUAAUUGUUACGCUAAACAAUUAGCUAAUCAUCAUCAAACAAAUGAUUUUUGUGAUUUUCCACAUUUACAAUCUCAUCAAACAAAGAGUGGUAUUAGUGAAGCAAUUUGUAAUGGUGGAACAAAUUUAAUAAAUGGAAGAUAUUUUUCACAAUCCUUGACUAAUUUUGCAUUUACUGGUACUGGAACAGAUGGCAAUCAUUCACAUGGUUCAUUUGAUGUUAGAAAUAUUGAUGCUAAUGCUCAUCAACAUUCUCAUAAUCACAAUUAUCAUGAUUUUGGGGCAACUAUUUUACCUUAUACACAAUUUAGAACACCUGGAGCAACACGUUUAACUAAUUUUGGAAAUACUGGAAAUACUGGAAUUAGUACGAGCACAACAACUGUCAACGGUGGACUAAGUUGUAGUUUUGAUAAUUCUUUAAUUAGUUGUUCAUUUACUACAAUCGGUAGCGGAAAUAGUGGCCUUAAGGGUGUUAGUGGUAAAGAUCAAAUACAUCAACAUUCAAAUUGCAGCAAUUUAAAGGGAUCAAGUGCAGGUUUAAGUGGAGAUUCUGGUUCAAGUUUAAUGCCAUGGAAACAUAGACAAUGUCCUUCAAGAGGUUCAUCUAGUUCUGCAACAAAUUCGUUGAAAUUCGAUUUUGCAAAACAUUGGCUUGCAGUUAGUUCAUUACUUUUAUUGAUUGGUGCUGCAAGUGUAGCUGUUCCAUUGGCCUUACGUGUUGCUGCAAGCGCCCCAUUUGAAGAACGUUUGCAAAUAGCAACACAAAUAUUAGAAACAGUGCCUUUAAUUGAUGGGCAUAAUGAUUUACCUUGGAAUAUAAGGAAAUUCUUACAUAAUAAAUUAAAUGAUUUCAAUUUUGAUGAAGAUCUUAGAAAUGUUACGCCUUGGGCCAAAAGUCAGUGGAGUCAUACAGAUUUACAAAGGUUACGAAGUGGGAGAGUAUCAGCUCAGUUUUGGGCUGCAUAUGUUCCAUGUGAAGCACAACAUCGGGAUGCAGUGCAAUUAACCUUAGAACAAAUUGAUGUAAUAAAACGUUUAACUGAACGUUACUCCGUAUUGACGACUUGUACUUCAGCAUCAGAUAUAAUCGAAGCCCAUAAAGACCAUAAAUUGUGUUCUUUAACGGGCGUCGAAGGAGGACAUUCAUUGGGUGGCUCGUUAGCUGUUUUAAGAACAUUAUACGCUAUCGGUGUACGAUAUAUGACAUUGACCUCAACAUGUCAUACACCAUGGGCGGAUUCAAGUUAUGCUGAUGCUCCAACAUUUAAUGUUAAACAUGGAGGCUUAACAUCAUUCGGCAAGGUAUGUGUACAUUAAAAUCUUAUACUAUUAUUGUAUAUUUGGUACGUAUUUUCCAGGAUAAAACUGAAUUCAGGCAUUUAAAUAAUAUACCAUAUUAAGGAUACUUUCAUAUACACAACAAUAUUAUUUAUUUACUGAAUAUAU